UUACGCAAAUAGAAGGAGGACGCAGCGCUGUCUUCGCCGCUUUGGCGCCUUUCUCGCAAACACAACUAAACGUACUUUUUGUACUUGAUUUGUAAGAUCGAAACUGGUAGAUAUGGAACACAGGAGACGGCGAUACCGAUGAACGCUAAAAAAUAAGGAAAAACAUACGUGAGGCGACCUUAAUGUCGAAGUCGGUUAUCUUGCGCUUCGUGUUUAAGAGUUUACACGACCUCGGCUGCUCCACCAUGUGUCUCGGCGACCGGUCGUCGAAAUCGCGCGUAAAAGUGUGGUUAUGAUCGCUCCUGGGACUGAAGAUAACAUCACCUGAGCGCGCGGCACGCGUUGCACCGGUCUGCGUCCGCAGGAAAAAUGGCGGCGCUUUGAUUAGCGAUUUGAAACCCUUAUUACGGAGGAUUUCCCGCUAUUAAAACCCCGCGAUGGACAUCUCGAGUAUGCUCGAGGUGGAGGUUAAGGAGGUGAAGGAAGCCGAGAGCAAGGAGAACGUGACACCCCAGCUUCCAAGAUUAAUAUACAUCCCGUCCUCGGUAACACAGGAGGAGAGCGAUUUCUACAGGGUUAUGUUUGGCACCGACAUAGCCUCGGUUCGCUUUCGUAGACUUCAUUGUACAGCCUGCGACGUGCACAUAGGCUCUGCUCCCUCUCAGGCUCAUAAUAUGUUUGAGCACCCGAUCUUGCGUACAUUGCUGUGUGCGCAAUGUCGAGAUUUCUAUGGAGAUGGAACCUUUGAGCAAGGGGAUGAUGCUACAGACAUGUUCUGUAGAUGGUGUGCUAAUGGAGGGAACUUAUAUUGUUGUUCCUUCUGUAGUAAUACUUUUUGUUACAAAUGUAUAAGAAGAAACUUUGAUAGCAUAGUAAGGAAACGAAUUGCAGCAGUCGAGAAGUGGAAAUGCUUCGUCUGUGACCCCAGAGACUUGUACUCAGCCCGAGCUAUCUGUUGGGCUUUGUUACAACAUGUCCAAACCGUGACGAGAAUUCUGCAAAACGACAGAAAAAUGACAGCUGACGAAAUUGAGCAGAAGAUGAAUCUAGACGAAUCGCAGUGCUGUCCUCGAAAGCGAAAACGCAAGCGACGGCGGACGGGUUCUAAUUCCGAGGAAGAUGAUAAAACAUAUGUACCCGGAUUAGAAGAUGGACCUCUGAAGCGAAAAUACAGACGAAAAAACACUACUACUAAUGGUGCAGUGAAUCAUACUCGUCCUCAGUCUGCUUUAUCCGUUAGAUCUUCAAAUUCCCUGUGGUCUUCGGAUUCCUUCCGGUCUACGGAUUCCUUUCGCUCUCCAAAUGCAUCGACCGAAAGAAGAGUACCUGAAGAGGACUAUAAUCUACCCUUGCUGUCGGCCAUUCCAUGCGAGCAGACAAUGAUCGAAGGGGAGUCGGAAGAUCUUACGACGGAUACACCUGCUACGAUGCCACAUUCUAUCUCAGAAGUCGAAAAAACCCCUCCAGCAAAACUAGACAAACUGCCAACAAUUAGUGCAGUUCCAACGGUUAACCUACUACAGACACCAUACAGGGCACAGCUUUCUCAGGCUCGGAGAAUUAAGACUAUCCUCCCUACUUCGCCUGCAGGAGCAUCAAUGGUGAGUCGUCCUGUAACUUCUGACUUAUCUUCUGACUUCAGCCCGAUCCCUGUAACGCGUCAGCAGGCUUGUCGAAACUCCUUAAUAUCGCCGGCGCGAAAUACAACUCAGAAACGAGCUCGGGUCUUGCUUCCGAAGUCUAAGAACACAUCGAGUAGCACUCCUAACGCUAGCAGUGUCAUUGAGAUCGAGAUAGCCAGUGACUCCGAUGAAGAUGUCUCGAUGGUUCCCGAGAUCACCAGUAAAGAACCUGUGCAGGCUGCGCAGACUGCUCAAAGUUCUACCACUGCAGACACCUCCAAGAACAUCUCUAAUGAUGCUACCAACAGCGUCAGCAGCCCUGCCAACAAUGCUGCAAACAAUGUUCCAAAUAAUGUUGUGAGUGACACAGCUAAUAGUACUGCCAAUACCAAUGCCAAGAACAAGCGAACCCCUUCGGACAGUGGUAUAGUAUGGGAUAUAGUGAAACAAUCGCUUAUAAAGAUUCCUACAGAGUCAUCGGAGAAAGCGUUCAAUCAAUCAUUGUUCAAGCAGAACCGCGAGAUCGAUCUGAUAAUCGUCGAGCUGAAGAACAAGCUUAACAAAAUACUCACUACUAAGAGGGGUGAGGUUGACGAGAGCACUUUGAGUACAGGACGGGCCAAGACCAGAUGCAUCCAUCGUGCCAUCAACAGAGCUAUUUCGCGACUUGCAUACGUUAAUAACGAGAUGAUAAAAAAGUACGACGAUCUGAAAAGAUCUGAGACUAAUCAGAAAUUAAAGAAUGCUAAACAAUCUGAUUCCAAUGUCACGGAGAAGACAAACAAGAAUGACGAUGAGGUGCAAUUGACCCUGGACAUGACCUGCGUCAGAGAUUCUGACACCGAAGGGCAAUGCGAAGAGAGUGACGAAGAGACAGACAUGACGAUUAAUGACUUCGAGGAGAUAAUUAGACCGUUUGCUGAAAAGGACACCAUAGAGCGAAGCGUUAAUACAGAGCCUGCAAAAGUGAUGGAUAAGUCUACACAAGCAUUCGACGUUAUUCUGAGGGAUUACGAGAAAUGCAUUGGUUAUGCGUUACUCAUGAAGGCUGAUUACGACCCUAAAAGGAAAGUGCAGCGUAUGAAACCGGUACAAGUGCCCAACGAGCACGCUGGCAAGUACGAGGAGCAGUUCAUUUUCUACCUGCAGCAUAUCGAAGACAAUGGGAUAGAAACGGAAGACUGUAAAGGGUUGCCCGAUCCUAACGAGACGCCUUUGAAGGACUUAAUAGAAGCGAACUCUCCAUUUAUCUCGGAGAUGCUGCAGAGCAUCGGUGCAUCGUCACCGGUGACGAACACAGCCAUCGUGCUGGGGUCUAGUGACGAAGGCAACGGAGCGAAGGGUGACAACACGUUAGAGUGUAUUUCAUUAGAAAAUAUGGACGCUGAAACUGUAGAAGAAAGUAUCGAGGUCAUCGAAGUGUCAGAAAUACAAGAGGAAAGUGCUACGUCUAAUGAUUCCGAUGCGAUGGCUGUGACAGAGUCUGAAGAUAAAUCCGAGAAAAGUCCCAGCGAUGAUAUUCAAGUGCUGGAGAGUGAGACAGCGAAGGUGGCGGAUGUCUCUUCUGAGAACAUUGAUAAGACAAAGGACGAAGAAACUAUACUUGCAGUGCGUACACUUAUCGACUCAGCUAAUGGUGAUAAACAAGUGGAGCAAAAAGACAAUGUGUGUACGGAGGAGGAUUACAGCGAAAAUGAUUAGAUGGUCAGGUGUGUAUAUCAUUAAGAUUCUCAAUUGUUGUCUGAUACGCUUUGUUGCAGCAGAUACUCAUGUCACAACGCACUUUCCCGCCUGAACGGUGCAAGUUAUCGAAAAAUCGUUCGGACAAAAGUUGUUUGGGACGUUACGGCAAACAACAUUUGUGGAAAACAUUUUUCGAUGACGUUCACCGUCCAGCUGGAAAAUUGCGUUCACACCGAGCAUAACGGCUGCGAUUACCGCGUGUCGGAGGCGGCCAUCUUGAAUUGUGUUCCCAACUCGAAAAAAUUAUCCGUCGGAUAUUUUUCUUUCGUGGCUCACCACUUGUACUUUAUUUCCCGAUAUUUCCUCGAUAUAUGCAAGACUUGACGUUAAUUUCGGUAAUUCGCAGUUGUAUGUACAGAGCAUCGAGACGACUUUUGAAAUGUUUUGCGCCGCACCGCACCUCGCUUCUGUUAAAAGGACGCGAUAGGCUGUAAAUAAAUGUAGGACCGCUCUUGGCUUGAUAAAUACGUGUCAACGAGAGUCGCAUACUCAACGGAGGAGAAAAAAAAAACAAUUGUACACGACUCUGUCAAAAUUAAAAAUAAGAAACUUUCGCGAUGAGUCGCCGUGUCCUUUGCGCCUCGCCGAGUCGUCUCUAAGGUGUCAUUCUCGACCGUGAAUAUUUGUAGAAAUUUAAUGAUAAUUGAUAUAUAUGUACACACACAUAUAUAUAUAUACAGUAUAUAUAUAAUAAGAUACGAAAAAAUAUGACGUUGUACUACCUAUACGAGCGUGUAGGUAAGAGGUGCAAGAAGUUUUCGUACGCGUCUCGUGUCCUCGUGGCGAGGGAACUUUGUAAUUACGCCAAAUCUAUUAAUUUUCUUUUCGCGCGACGCAUUCGCGCAUAUACAAAUAGAAGACCCUUUUCUAUUGGUAACACGUCUCUCUGGGAGUCCCCGGUUCUUUACUUAGUCGUAAAUAACGAAUAAUUAAUGAUCUGCCGUAACAAUAAAUUCACGAAGACGAAAGCCGUACUAUUGACAGGCAGAACCCAAAUUUCCGACGAAAAGCGUUCCACUUGUUCAUCAAAGAUUCGUUUUAAAAGAGAUAUGCUUCGAAACCACCCCGAGCCUAUCCAGUCAGUAAAUCCUACGUCAAAUCCCUAAAUUCUCCAUAUUAUCCACAUACGCACAGAGCUUAGUAAAAAAAAAAAAAACAUCUAAAAAUGUUUACCUCGACGAAAAGUGGUCCAUUCGUUAAUUGAAAAAUCAUUUUAAAAGAAAUAUGCUUUGAAGCUA